AUGUACGCCAACGUCCUCGCUCGUUCUGCUCUUCGUUCCCGCGCCACCGCUCAGCAGGUCAUGCGCUCGGACUUGUAUCACUUCUCCAACAGCAACGGUCAAAACCUUCCCUUCUCUACCAAGAACAGAGCUGCUCUUGCUGUCAAGAUGACCUUGUACCUCGGUUUAGGCUUUGCUUUCCCCUUCAUUGGUGCUGCUUGGCAAUUCCACAAGGCCGGUUAA